GUCUGCCUGUCUGCCUGCCUGCCUUGUAUGCUGAGUAUUGUCCCAUCCUCUCCAUCUCAUCUCCCCGCUGCUGCACUGGACGACGUCUACUGCCAACCUCGAGCGCCUGUGCUGCUGCUCCCUGGAUGCAUCUCCCCAGACACACCCUCUCCUCGCAGAUCGUCGCACCAGCCUUUGUAAGCGCUACCUUUACCCCUUCCUACGGGCCACCUUCAGCAGAUCCAUCCUCCUCUGCAUAUACAGACUCGGCGUAUGCGUCCACUUCAACAUCUUCAUCGUACGGGACAGCACAUGCUGCCAGCUAUUCACACAACAGCGGUAUAGGAAGCGGUAGCGCUGCCCCCAAGAGCCACCUUUUCGCCUGCGCUACCCGCUCAGGAUUCUUGGUAGCCCAGACAUGUCCCCUGAAGGUCGUCGCUAGCAAGAGCUUCCCAGCAAGCCAAGGAGGUCUGGCCAUUGCUGCCACCAUCGAUGACACUUCCCUCGUAGUGCUCGUCGGAGGUGGUAGAGUGCCACGCUUCGCACCCAACAAGGUCGUCAUCUGGGACGAGAGUGCCACGGUGUCCUCUGAUCGGAAGAUAGGAGGCUCAGAAGGAACGGACAUGGCAGAUCAAGAGGAAGAGGAUGGGGAUGGUAGAUCGGUGGCAGCUUCGACCGUCUUUGAUGCUGGCUCCACCUUUGGAGGCGGUGAGAUGCGAAGUCGGCCGCCAGACUUGGCCACAGAGAGAGCAGGCGAGCCAGCGCUAGAUGAUCUUGACUCCGAGGCCCGCCCAGCAAGCUCCAGCUCUGAAGGACGAGAUCAUGCAGACACUAAUCAUCCCUCGGACAGAGGUCACCCGAUGCAAGAGUCUCGCCUUGGCUUGGCUGGCUUGGACUCGUCUCUUCUCAGAGAGGGGACAGAGACAUCAGGUCAAGAGCAUGAAAGCUUGGCCUCCUCAAAUGCAUCCCUGACAGCUUCCAUGACGGGUUCGAUCUCUGCUACCACUGAGGGUCUCGAAGAUCCCUUUGCAGCCCAAGGAGACGAAGCGACACCAAAGAGGACUCCGAGCCCUCCAUCGAUAGAACAGCCUACUAUGAGCGCGAGCCCGAGCUCGAGUGCAUCACCUCGGCGCUUUUUGCGCGCUAGCCGUCCCCAAAAUGUAGCAGAGGAGAAUCGACAGUCGCGCAGCACCACUCGUAUCACCGGCAGAGACGUCAUGGAACUCGAAUUCGGCGAAGCCGUUCAAUCAGUCAUCGUCAGGUCUUUCGAUGUACCUCUGACGGCAAAGUCCCGAGAUGAGCCACUCGCAAGUCAAGGCAGGAGGACCUUCAAAAUGGCACUUCUAGUGGUCGUGCUGAGGACCAAAGCUGUUGUCUUUGAGCUUGGAGAGCACAUCUCAAUGGCGCGUCAGGAGCCAUCUGAAGAAGACGGCGUGAGCAGGCCGUCUUCGUGGGGAAUUCUCUACAGGACUACCAUAGGAAUCCUUGAUGAUGGAAGAGGACUCGUGGAUCUGGUAGGCCUGCCUGGCAAACGGUCUGCCCUCCUCACUCUCUCCGGACGUCAGCCAGGGCAUGUCCAGCUUGUCAUUCUUUCGCUUCUCAGCCCCAAGCAGCCGGCUUCGGCUACAACGGCAGGAGCACCUAUCUCAUCAUCUGGCGUGCUAGCCUCGUCCAUUAUUGCAGCUCAUUCUGCAUCUCUUGUGUCUCUGACCCUCUCAGCAUGCGGCUCCCUGCUUGCUACUGCCUCCAAAAAGGGUACGCUAGUGAGGGUGUGGUCCACGACGGGAACAACAGUAGGAGCUGGCAAGCCCCGCACGACGAUCAAGGCCGUGCUGCAGAUGGAGCUGAGAAGAGGAACGGAGCAGGCAGUGAUCCUCAGCAUGGCAUUCGCGCCGGACCGCUCAGUACUAGCGGCAGCGAGCGACAAGGGCACGAUCCACUUCUUCAACCUGCGCAGCGAAGCAGUCGGAGGGAGGGCUUCGCCCCACGCUCGAAGCGGCAGCGGUGAUGCGUACUCGUCAAGAACGCCCUCCACCGGAGCAGCGCCCUCUUCGCCUGGCAGUGGCAGCGGUUUUGGCCUGUCCAACUCAGCGGCCAAAUACCUUCCCUCGGGAAUCAAUCAACUCGCCUCGCAGAUUCCCUCUUCACUCCUGCCAAGCUACCUGAAGAGUACCUGGUCUACUGCCCAAUUCCGCAUCAAGCUGCGUACCUUUGCCGCGUAUAGCUCGGAGGAGCGAGCCACGAGGAAGAGUAGCUCGCGCAAAGGCAAGGGAAGAGCUCCUCCGGCUGCAGGCAGUGGCGGUGAUGGGGGUAGUGCUAGGGGUGGCGAGGCUUUGUACUACAGCGACGAUGUCCCUGCGGGUGGGGCAGGGGCUUCGAGGAGCACAGAGGGCGCCUGGGCCACUCUCAAAGGGCGCAUUGAGGAUAUUAGACGCUGGGAACCUGCCUUGGACGAGCGCGUCUUCCUCAGCUGGGUUUGGGUACCCGAUCCCGUGCAAGCGGAUGCCAAGUUGAGCGCAAAGCCGACAACACACAAGGGAAGAGAUCAUCGAAUUUCACCAUCGGCAGGUGCAGAGGUCCGCACUGGUGGUGCACAAUCGCCAUCGAUGCCGCCUCGUCCCGCUCCCAAGGGUCAGUACCAGCUCAUCGCCCUCACCACGUCUGGUGGGUGGUACCGCAUUUCUCUUCAAGAUCAAGGUCAAGGACAAGGGCAGGCGGGAAGCAGCGCUGCAGAGGAUGCAGGGGAUACGGUUCUGAACAUGUACCGGCAGUCCUCUUCUUCCUCUUCCUCCUCCGCCUCUUCUGCUGAUGCUGCUGCUGCUGCUGCGCGAGUAGGAGGAGGAGGAGGAGGAGGAGGAGGAGGGGCGACUCAAACGGGCAGGGAAGCAAAAGAAGGCACCAAGCUCGAGGAGUACCGCACUUUUGGCUCCAAGGAGGAGCAGUGGGAUACGCGUGGUGGGUGGGGCGAGUGAGCGACUGCGUCAGUGCGUCAGUGCGUCAGUGUGGCAGCGAGGGAGCGAGGGAGGGGAGGGAGCGAGUUUCUUUUAGGGAAGGAGGAACGACUGGAGCGAGGGCUGCUCCGGGUUGCGGUGCACUUUGUAGACUUUGUGGGAUACGAUGCAUUAUGAUAUGACAUGAU